UCCUUUCUCCUCUAACCAUCACAACAUUAGCAUUCAUAACUUAGUUCUAAAGUUUUCUUCCCUCACAUUUUCUCUCAGAAUCCUUUCCUUAGGUCAUAUAAAAUAAAAAGGAUGAUCAGUUCCAAGAAACUCCUCAAAUUCGCAAAAAAAUGGCAGAAAUUAGCUGCUAUAAGGCGAAAAAGAAUCACAUCACCACCGAAUGUAGAAACAAGUUGUAACACAUCAAGAAUGGCUGAGAAAGGCCAUUUGGCUGUGUACUCUGCUGAUAGGAAGCGAUUUUUGCUUCCAUUGGAGUAUCUUAACAAUGAAAUUAUAAUAGAGCUAUUCAAUAUGGCAGAAGAAGAGUUUGGACAACCAAGUAAAGGGGCUCUUACAUUGCCAUGCGAUGCUGAGCAAAUGGAGUAUGUAAUUUCUUUGAUCAAACAGCAAGUUGCUAGAGAUGUAGAGAGAGCAUUGUUGACUUCCAUAGCUAGUAGUUUCUGUUCAGUUCCUUUCCAUCUCCCACAUCAAGUAACAAGACAGCAAUUACCAAUUUGCAGCUUCUAACUAAAGAGACAUUAUUAGAUUUGUAAACAAUACAUGAUAAACUUAUAUUGAUACAUGUUAUUUGAAGUCUCAAAGUUCUGUUUCAGAUUUCAAUUCCUCA